AUGAACCUUGACACAUUUUGGUACAUUCAUACAAGGGGAUCUCAUAUUCCGGUGUGGUGUGGAGCUUUAGAAGAUAAUGAAACUUGGAGUGUCACUGAACUCCCUAAAGGAAAAAGGGCCGUAGGCAGCAAGUGGAUUUACAAAUUGAAACUGAAAUCUGAUGGUAGUACACAGAGGUAUAAGGCAAGACUUGUUGCCAAGUGGUACAAUCAAAUUGAAGGGGUACAUUACAUGGACAUUUUCUCUCUAGUAGCAAAGGCUGUCACUAUUAGUAUCUUAUUGGCAGUUGCUUGUAAACAGCAUUGGUUUUUGCAUCAGUUAGAUAUUAACAAUGCUUUUUUGCAUGCUUAUAUAGAGGAGGAAAUUUAUAUGCAUCCUCCUCAGGGAUACAAGGUUCCUAAGGGACAUCUAUGCAAGCUUAAGAGGUCUGAAACAGGGAUGAUCAUUACACAAAGUAAGUAUGUCAAGGACAUCCUAACUGAUACAGGUAUGACACAAUCCAAAGCCACUAACACAACACUUCCAGUUGAACUGGACUCAAGAGCAGGAUCAAGAGAACAACUUCAAAAACCGAAACCUGCAGAAGACUGUUGGUUAGUGUUGUAUCUGGGCUUUACAAGACCAGAUAUAUGUCAUGCUACUCAACAGUUAAGUCAAUAUAUGCAACAACCUUGCAAGGAUCAUUGGGAUGCAGCAUUGCAUUUAGUGAGAUACUUGAAGGGGACAGUCAACAGAGGUUUGCAUUUCAACUCUACAGACAGUUUUGACUUGGAAGCCUUCUGUGAUUCAGAUUGGGCCACCUGCAAAGAGACUAGAAGAUCACUAACAGGUACUGCAUAUUCUUGGGAAGAAGCUUAG